AUGGCCUGGCAAUCUGCUGCAGCAUUGCGCGUUCGGAGCCAUGUCUUAAGGAGGACCCUUCGCACUCAGCCCCGCUAUGACCACACCCAGCAGCGCGAUGGCGAUCAGUCGUAUUCCCGACCAGCGACACUGGCUACCCCCAGACAGUUGACUCAAUAUUUAGAUGAAUUUGUUGUUGGCCAGGAGAAUGCUAAGAAGGUGCUCUCUGUUGCGUGA